GGUGCCGGGGCGGGCGGGCGCGGGGGAUGCGCGGCGGGGCCCGCGGGGGGCGGCGGCGGCGGGGCCAUGCGGAGCCCGGGCUGAGGCGCCGCGGCCGCCCCUCGCCAUGAAGCGGCAGAACCUGCGGACGGCCGCGCUCAUCCUCUGCAUCUUCUCCUACCUGCUGGUGGGCGCCGCCGUCUUCGAUGCGCUGGAGUCGGAGGCGGAGAGCGGCCGCAAGCGGCUGCUGGAGCAGAAGCGCGGGGAGCUGCGGAGGAAGUACCGCUUCUCCGCCGACGACUACCGGGAGCUGGAGCGGCUGGUGCUGCAGGCCGAGCCGCACCGCGCCGGGCGGCAGUGGAAGUUCGCCGGCUCCUUCUACUUCGCCAUCACGGUCAUCACCACCAUCGGCUAUGGACACGCCGCCCCGGGCACGGACGCCGGCAAAGUUUUCUGCAUGUUCUAUGCCAUCCUGGGCAUCCCCCUGACGCUGGUCAUGUUCCAGAGCCUGGGGGAGCGCAUGAACACUGUCGUGCGGAUGCUGCUCAAGAAGAUCAAGAAGUGUCUGGGCAUGAGGACAACCAACGUCUCCAUGGAGAAUAUGGUCCUAGUCGGCUUUCUGUCCUGCAUGGGGACCCUGUGCAUCGGCGCCGCAGCCUUCUCUUACUUCGAGGGCUGGACUUUCUUUCAUGCCUAUUACUACUGCUUCAUAACCUUGACCACUAUCGGCUUCGGAGACUUUGUGGCUCUGCAGAAGAACGAGGCUUUGCAAAAGAAGCCCCCGUACGUGGCUUUCAGCUUCAUGUACAUCCUGGUGGGCCUGACCGUCAUCGGCGCCUUCCUCAACCUGGUGGUGCUGCGGUUCCUGACGAUGAACUCGGAGGACGAGCGGCGGGACGCCGAAGAGCGAGCCUCACUGAGGAGGGCCCGCAACAACAUCCACCUCAAGCCGAAAGAGGACAGCCAGAGCAGCAAUGCCAUUUUUCUCCCCGUGGAGGACAGGACGAGCCAGAUGAACCUCAUCCCACUGAUGCAGGAGGACGCGGAGAGGCAGCGGCGCCAGUCGGCCAACUCGGCGGCCGCGGUCCCCUCCUUCUGCACGUGCCUGUGCUACAGACCUCAGCUGUGCGGCAGCCCCGCACCCUCCCACCCCGAGACCCUCAGCUGCCACACCAACCCCGUCUAUUACAACUCCAUUUCCUACAAAAUCGACGAGGUCUCCCUGAGCACGCGGGGUCAGACCGGCUCUUCCCCGGGGAGCACUUUAUCAUCCAACAGCCCUCGCUGCCGGCAACACCCCCGGCUGCGGAGGAAAUCCAUCUAGGAGCACGUGCCGAGCUGUACUCGGUGCUCGAGUCUUACAACGAUGAUAAAUUAUGAACGGAGACGUCAGGUCCUUCUUACUGCUCUCAUUUCUUCUGUUCCCCUCCCCUUUCAGCUGGCAGCCAGCCCCACGCAGGGUCCAGCAGGCCCCUGCAAACCCCCUUGAGAAAUAAUCAUUCCUUUUUUUGCAGGCACCGAAUUACACCGUUAGUUUUCUUUGCUUUUUCCUCCCAAGUAGGUUCAAGCAUUCGGGUCUGGCAAGAAGCCCCCCCCACCGCUGUGAAGGCCGGCCAGCUGUAGGUUUGCUUUCCCACCUCCCGGCUCCCCAAAGGGAUUUGCUGCUGCCCUCCCACCCUGCCCAGCCUCGGCUGUGGCCGCGGCCAGCACCCGCCUCUCGUGACACUGGGUGGCACUUGCUGAGAGCCUACCAAACACAAAGCCCGCGUUAGUCAGCCCUGCGGGGCUGGGGAUCUUUAAGCUCUCCCCUGGCAGGGGGUGCAGGUAAGUCGGCGCCACGCAGCCGCUUUGCAGCGGGUGGGUGGGCAGGGAGAGGUGGGAGGGAGGGGACGCGCUGCGGUCCUGCCGCUCAGUGCGUGGGGACGGCUUCCUGGCACUGCGUCUCCCAUCGCCAGCCCUCUGGGUCUGAGCUCCGGCCUGUGGCUGGCUCAGUAUUUUUGGAAGCUGGAGGUCCGUACGCUCACCCACUGGCUCACCUUACCCCGUGGCAGCAGGUCCCCCAGGCUGAGCUGGCUGGUGGGAUGCAGCAGCCCGUUCCCAGGGGAAGCUGAGCUCCUCCAGCCCGGCCAUAGCCCUCCUCUGGGAUAAGCCCAGACCCUGCUGAGGGCACAGUCCCAGGGAAAGCCUCGUUGAACCGUUGUAGAGCCACCUGCAAAGGGUUUGGCCCUGAUGAGAUCAUUAGCUAAAACCACCCUUGCCUUGCCCACCUUGUCCCCAGCUGGUGGCCCAGCAAGCGCGUGCCGUGGUUUGGGUUUGCCCUUGUCGCUGCUGGGGUUCUGAGAGACGGGGUGAGCCCGUCUCGGUGUGUGUCCCUGGGCGGGAUGCGGUACCUGCACAGCCCCACCUGGGAGGUUGCUUCCAGCUGGUGCCCCCCAACGUGGCCCAUGUCCAUCCUGCCUCACCUGCAAGAAAACAGGACAGGGCUCUGACAGCAGCAGCAGCUCCAUUUCACUUUCUUCCCCCAGUAAAGGGACAUUUUCACUCUUAGUUCUUACCUAAAAUACCCUCUGAGGGGGUUCUCCCAGAGGAAAAUCCCCUUUUCCUGGUGGCGAAGGCAUGCAGAGGGCAUUGGGAAGGCCUCAGGGCAAACUUUGUUCUCUCCUCCUUUUGUUCUGGGCAGUUUAAUAA